AAAACAGACUUAUUGUAAGUGAUAAUCAAAACAUCCCUGUUCAAAAAUUCUUUGAUGUCAUAUACUAUAUCAAGCACGCUUAAGCGAUUUCAUGGGUGGAAAAUGAUGGGAGAUCUUAACUAUAAAACAACAACGUUACAAACGGAAAUCACAGGAUGUUCUCUGCCGUGAACACAGAACAAGGGUUUCAACGUUCAUUCAUGGAUAUCUACAAAAUAGUGGUGUUAAUUUUGGUGUUUCCGGUUUUAAAAGCAUCGAGUCAAAAUGAUUCAAAUUUGGAAGACACGGCAGACGUUACAACGUUAUCCGCGGUAUCGUUCAUGCCACCAACAACGAUUCUGACAUCGUUGACAAAAACAACAAACGCUUUCACAGAUUCAUCUGAAACAGUUAUAACAGAUAAAAAAGAAGAGUACCAAAUAUCUUCGUCAGGCUUGGAAUCUUCGUCCGAGCUAUCUACACCAAAAGAAGAUUUGUCCGAAAAAAUUACAUCGGAUGUGGAAGUAUCGUCUGAAAGUGCAAGAGGCGAUAGAGAUAAAGACCAAGUAAGCCAACAUGAUAAUGAAGAAGAAUCAUCUGAAACUAUCAAAUCGGUUGAAGAAGAAUCGCCUGUAACUAUAUCAAACGUAGAAAUAUCGCUUGAAAAUACCACAAGUAAAGCAUCUGAAAUAACUAGAGAAACGGAAGAACCUUCCAACAAAACAAUAUUACAAAUGGAAGAAUAUACUGAAAUUGCUUCAUUAGAUGAAGAAGAAUCGUCUAAAACGACUGCAUCACUGGAAAAAUCCUCUAAUUUAACUACAUCAAACCAAGAAAAAUCGUCUGAAAUAACUAUAACAAUGGAAGAAUCCUCUGAAGUAACUAUAUCAAGCCAGGAAAAAUCGUCCAAAAAAAUUGCAACUCUGGAAGAAUCUUCUGAGCUAACUACACCAAGCCAAGAAAAAUCACCUGAAAUAACUGCAGCACCAGAAGAAUAUACUGAAAUGACUACAUCAAAUCAAGAGGAAUCGUCUGAAAUGACUGCAACUCGGGAAGAAUCCUCUAAUUCAACUAGACGAAACCACGAGGAAUCGUCUGACAGUCCUAAGUCAGAUCAGGAAGGAUCUAAUGAUAGCGGUAUAACUACAUCAAAUCAAAUAUCAUCUGAAAAUAUUGUAUCGAACCUGGAGGAAUCACCUGAAGUAACUUCAUCAUCUCUUGAAAAAUCGUCAUCAGAGUCAGGAGAAUCUUCUAAAGAAGCGUCUGAAAUAACGACAUCAAAUCUAGAAGUUAUUGAAACAACAUCGAAACAGGAAGAACCAUCGGGUUUGUCCUUAACAACCACUUUACUAUUACCGACGGAGACAACAGAAAAAACAACACAAACAGAAACAACAACAAAGCCCUCAAACACAGAAACAUCUACUACAAACAAUUCAGACAUAAAGGAACUCUCAACAGACGGUAUCUAUGUGCAGGUUCUUGGAAAGUCGGGGAAAUUUGUCAUAGGUCGGACCAAAAACCCUCAGAAUGACCCUAACAAACUCAUGGUGACCUUCGAUUCUAUUCAGGAAAAAGACAGCAAUGGGAAUAAUGUGGGAACUUCUGGACGUUUUAAACACAUCUUUAACAAUUUUGCUGGCCAGAAAUUUGACAUCUCUGAACUAACAGACGAUACGUACCAGAAUUUGGCGGUUAAACGUUUGGACUGCACAGCAUAUCUUGAUACGGUUGGGGCCAGACUCGCAGUCCAGAUUUAUUUAUUUAGAGAGGAAGGAAGCGUUAGUCAAGGAGACGAAGAAUCUCGUGUGUCAAAAGGCACGCUCAAGUUCAACGUUUUUAUUGAGAACUGGAAAUUCUGUGGUUCUGAUGGGAUGGAAUGUAGAAAAGGAAAGAAAUCUGAGUUCGGAGAAUUUAUAGAUUUUGCACUGUCAAUCAAAGGCUCAAAACCCCCUAAUAACAAAAUAAACAAGAGGACAAACGCACAGGAAUUUGACAUGGGUGGUAGUGCCUCCGUUGUUCUUUUCAAACAGGCAAAGUAUGAUGAAAGUUCAGCUUAUGAAAAUUUGCCACAAGGGUUUCCUAAGAUUAUACAGAAAGGAUCGCGACAGUUGUUUGUGUUCCGAUUCAGAAAGUUUUCCACCUCUGUAUUUUAUGAUCCACUGUUGAACAUAGACGCCAAUGUGUCAACAGCAGAAAACAAUUCUUCAAUAGUUCUACCAUCAACUGUUCGGCCUCUUGUUGCAAACGUAACAACCGUGUCAUUGUCAGAAGAAACGCUGGAAUCAAACUCUUUUACAAGUACGUCAAUACCACCUUCAACAAUAAAAUCGACAUCGCCUUUACUUACAUAUCCACCAUCGAUUUUGGUACCAUCAACAUCUUCAGCAAUACCAUCCCUCGAAACAACUACACAACGGAUAUCGAUACCUACCUUAGUUACAUCAGGAUCAUCCUUGCAAACAACCUCCCACACACAGACAAGCCUAACAGAAACAACAACAGCAUUAAACGAAACUGCACCAUCAACAACAUCUGUGACAACAGAGGGGGUUAUAUCAACUCACACGGUAACUUCUUUGGUGACAACAACAACGUUGCCGGAGGACUUUUCCCUGGGAAACACGAGGGAACUCUCAACAGACGGUAUUUAUGUCCGUGUCCUAAAAAAAUCCGGGAAAUUUGUCAUGGGACGGACCAAAAACCCUCAGAAUGACCGCAGCAAACUCAUGGUAACUCUCGAUUCUAUUCAAGAAAAGGACAGCACUGGAAAUAACGUUGGAACUUCUGGACGUUUUAAACAUAGCUUUAAAAAUUUUGCUGGCCAGAAAUUUAACAUCUCUGCUCUAACAGACGAUAAAUACCAGAAUCUGGCGGUAAAACGUUUGGACUGCACAACGUAUCUUGAUACGGUGGGAGCAAGCCUUAUUGUUCAAAUCUUUUUAUUUAGAGAGAUAGGAACAGUCAUUCAAGGUGAUGAAGUAUCUCAUGUGUCAAAGGGGACGCUCAAGUUCAACAUUAUCAUCGAAAAUUGGAAAUUCUGUGGAUCUAAUGGGGUGGAGUGUAGAAAAGGAAAACAAUUAGAGUAUGGUGAAUUUAUAGAUUUUACAAUGUCAAUAAAAGGUUCGAAGGUCGCAACUAAAAAAGACAAAAGUAAAAGGACAUCCGCCAAAGAGUUUUAUUUAGGAGGAAAUUCUUCAGUCGUACUUUCUGAAAAGGUAAAAUAUGACGAUGGUUCAGCAUAUGAAAAUCUACCACAGGGAUUCCCUCAACUAAUACAAAAAGGAUCAAGGCAGUCUUUUGUAUUCAGAUUUAGGAAAUUCGACAAAACUGUAUUUUACGAUCCUCAGUUGAAUGUAGAUGGAAGCACGGAAACUGAGGAGACGAGGACUUCUACAAAAGAUACGGACAACAACUCUUUAGACUCGUCCAAUCUCGCUCCAGUAACAGCUGGAGUCUCGUCCAGGACCGAAUUUCUCAGUGCUGAGGGAUUAACUGUCAAAAUUCACGGACAAUCGGGAAAAAUGACAAUCGGGUAUGGCGAAGAUCCCGAUCAAGACAGCAAUAAGGUGCAGGUUACCUUUGAUGCAAUCGGAGAGAUCGCUACAGACGGAACAGAAAUCGGAAAAUCUGGACAACAGACCCACACAUUCAAUACGUUUGCAAAUUUGGAUUUCUCUUUUUCUCAAAUCAUAGACGACCGUUACAUGAAUUUAACCUCCAAAAGGGUUGACUUCUCCGCAAAAUUUCCUUCAACUGGCGGCCGCUUGGUCGUUCAGGUUUUCGUUUUCACUCAAGCUGGAGAAAUCAGUAUAGACGGCGAAAGAACAGCGGUUACUGCAGGAACUGUGAAGUUUAACAUUCUCGUUGAAUCCUGGGGUUUCUGUGGAUACAACGGCGUUACGUGUACCAAGGGUAACGUUGAACAAAAAGGGGAAGCCAUCGACUUCACUAUAUCUGUGAAAGGAAAAGGCGACCAACAGGUCAGAACUCGGGGGAAGAGGACAGACGGCGAGGAAUUCGAUCUGGGUGGCCAGGCAUCACUACUACUCUCCAGAAAGAUACAGCGGGAUGGGGGAACCUACGAGUCCAUGCCUAGUGGGUAUCCUCUGCUCUCUGGGAGGGGCAGCAAGACAGUGUUCCUCCUCAGAUUUCCACGGUUCAAAACCUCCGUUCUCUAUGAUCCAAUGAUAGUACUGAGCCAGGCGAAUCGUGCCAAUAACUGCAUGACUGUCACCUUUUAUCAGGUCCUAACUUUUGUCCUGAUCUUGACAUCUGGAAUCCUCAUUUAAUUUUCUUAUAAGGAUGAGCGUUUAAAAAUGAUUGCUUGAUGCAAUUUUUUUACCGCUGAUGCCGAGAUAUUUUUUCUGGCUGGAUAAGGGCAGAAUGUAGAGUACAAAUGCAUGUACAUAGACUAUUUCUUACAUUAAAUAUAUCCACCCAAGUAUAUUUUAGGCAAAUGGUUAUUAUAUGUAUUUUGAUAUCAUUAAAAACAUAAAUGAUGCAUUAUUUUUAUAAAAUGGGGAAUAAUUACUUUCAAUUCUACUUUUGACAGUUGUAGUGCAUAAUUUAUGUAAAUGUGUUUAUCUAAAUAAAGAAUUUAAUGUGCAAAAUCUGUGUUUUCUCUGAAUAUCCAAAUGCUUGUAAAAUUUGAUUGGUAAAAACACUUAACAUAACAAACAUUUCAUUUGCUUGAUAGCAUUCAUUAGGAUCACCAUCAAGAAUUCCUUCAAGUGUUUCAAAGUUAAUAACAAAAGUUACUU